AUGGCCGAGCGAAUUCGUUUAAGACCAUACAUAAUCAUAACGUUUGUGCUGACUUUGGUGCAUUCUGUGGCGGCGCAUUGGAUAUGGUCACCACAUGGCAUUUUUCGGCAGAUGGGCGUAGUGGAUGCAGCUGGUUGUUGUGCGGUACAUUUCUGGUUAUUUCCGACGGGGAUGGAGAUUUGA